GUAGGACUAAGUAAUGAUGUGGAUUCUAUGGCAAUAGGUUUAAGCAACUCAGUGUCUCUCUUCCCUAAAUCUUGAGCAGAAAGAAAAAGUGAUUUUAGAGAGCGAAAAGGAUGAGUUACCUGAGAGCAUCGCAAGGAUUGGAAGAGAGCAGCGCAGCAUCCAUGGAAAUUCAUGAAGAUUCGAUGGAAAAAAAAUUAAAAAUAAUAGCGAAAGCUUUAGAGGCAUUCCAUGGGCUACAAGAAGAAUUUUCAAUGGGAAAGAAUGAGGAGAUUAUCUAUUAUUCAAAUUUGAACAUGAAAGAGUUCUCUCAUCCAUCUCUCUUCAGAGAUUACCUUGAUGAUUGUAAUAAGCUGACAUGGAAAAAGCUUAAGGAGUACGUUGAUAACUGUGAUGUCAUGACACCAAAGGAAAUUCAGGAACAAGUUGAUCAUGGUUAUGAGAUGAUAGCGGAGAGGUUUAAGGAAGAGCUUCGUAGAUCUUAUGGAUGGAGAUGGUUUUUUUAUAAAAUGGACUACCAUGAUCUUUAUAAUGAUAUGACACCUACAAAGUUUGAGGAACAUAUUGAUCAUCUUUAUCAGACGAUGGCGAAGAAGUUUAAGAAAGUGCUCUAUGGCUUGUAUGCAUCGAAACUGUUUCUUGACAAUGAGCAACUGGAACGUCGUACCGGCUAUGAUGUGGCUCAGAUGAAUGUAGAGACGUUUAAGAUAAAGAAGGAAUCUGAUUCCCCUGAUCUUCGGAUAAAUAUUGAUGGAAAGAAAGUUUCGGCAAAUGGAGAUCCAGAUAUGACACAAAACCACUUGAAAGUUCACAAGAAACACCCAAAACAUGAUGAUCUCACUAUAUGGGCUACCUUCUACACAGCACAAAUUGGCAUAGCAAGUUGUUUGGGUAAUCCUUUCGACAAGUUACCGAAGUUGGGAAUCAGUGGUAAGGUGAAGGAGCAAUCAAUUAUGAAUCUUGGAGAAGCAGUUCAUGUGCUUCUCCCAUGCAUAACAUUGAGUGCAAUGUUUUUCAUGAACUCCAUUUACACCACAAUUCUUACACAAUCAUUGGCUUUUCGUGGACCUGCAAACUCAAUCCAGAUGUUACUUUUCAUCUAUUACAUUUUCGCGUUAGCAGAAGCAAUGUCUGGUUCUGGUGUUUUGUGGGGUUCAACUCAAAUCCCUUCUCUUCUGUUUGUCUGUGGAGGGGCAAUUUGCUUUAUGGUUUUCACUGCUGCCAUUAUCAUGGGAGUAAAGUUCUACUUCAAGGAGUUCAAGGAGUCUAGGUUAUAACCUUUUUCCAUGCUUCAUUUAUAUGAAGAAGAAAAAGCAUGAUUUCAUUAUGCUUUUGAGAUAAAAUAUAUGUCAAUACAUCAAGUAUUGAAUGUGUGGUUUAUCGUUUUACAUAUAUCAUAUCUUGUUUUGUAUUUAUUUUGAUAAACAUAUCAUGAAUAUUAUCAUCAAGAGAUAUUUAGU